AUGACCCCGGCGCCUGAGUACAAGUUCGUCACCUUUGGUUCUGAUGAAGGCGACUUCCAGCCUGCAAACAAAUCCAUUCGAAGUCAUGCCAUCAGGACCGCUAUCCAGAGGGGCUCCUCUGAGAUGGGUGCCAACACGGCGCUUACUUCUCAAGACACUAUCAAGCUUAAGGCUCAGUUGAAGGGCCGCUUCAGACUAUCUGGUACAUCUAGUAGACCUUCCACGGGGAAAUCCACCAAGGCGCAAAAAAAGCAGGCAGCUUUGGACCCUCGUUAUUUAUCGGCCGCGCCUGAGGUCAUGUCGAAUCUUUCGUUGCCGCCAUGGGUCCAGCGCUUGGGAAGCGACAACGCGGAUCCUUUUAAUACGCUGCCCAUCCCGAGUAAUUCUGCCGUGGACUCUUUGGUCAAAUACUUCAUCACAAGAUUCAACCUCAACUCAACGACGACAGAUACGCAAAGGCCAUGGUUUCCCUAUGCUAUGCAGAGCGCGCUCAUCAUGCGCGUCACGCUCGCGUUGGCCGCCGAGUUUCUGAACGCGACCAUGCCGUUGCUGAACCCGCGGCUGCAACGCGAGGGAUACCAGCUAAAGGGAGAAGCAAUGAAAAUGAUUAGGAAUCGUUUAGAGUCCCAAGAAUCAGCUUGGAGCGCGAGCGAGGACCUCUCCGUCCUUGCUGGCGUGGCCAUGUUGGGAAGUGUCGAGAGUCAGGCAUUUCAAGGCCACUUCACUGCCGCCAAUGUCCAUCUGACUGGGCUCCAUGCCAUGAUUGAGGCCCGAGGCGGGCCUGACACAAUCAAACAUGACUACAUCCUGUGCCGAUGCAUCAACUGGAUUGACAUUCAAGUUGCAUCCGGUCUCGGUAGAGUCCCCAAGUUCCCCAUGUUCCAUACUCUGGAUCAGGUAUCGCUCCCAUCGUCAGUCGUGAGUCGCGCAAUGACGCCUUCCUUGCGCCAUAUGGAUAAACUCGGAGGUCACAACCCCGGGGAGAGCAAUGAACCACGUAAGAUUUUCACAACUCUCAGGCAAGCAAUUUGCUCUCAGGCGGGGUCGGUGUCAGCAGACACCAUAAGAAUUGUGAUGAACACGGCCGAUAGCACAAUAUUGCACUUUCUGUACGUAGAGCGCCGAACGGCCACACCCGUCCAGAAGCGCUUUCUCGUCUUGGUUUCCGCAGCCCAGGUCUUCCUCUACACGGUUUUGCGGGAAAUCCCCACGACCGGGCAUAUGGUUCGGACCCUGGUUACGAGGAUGCGUGCCGCGCUGGACGAUGCGGAUUCCAUUGCUCUCAUCUGGGUCUCUCACGACGCUGCUCUGUUGUGGGUACUCUUUGUGGGCAUCGUGGGCUCUGGAACGUCAGAGGACCGUGAGUGGUUCUCUUCACGGCUCAAAAAGGUCCUCCAAAGAGCCAGAGAUAUCCUGCCGCCGGAGAGAUGCAGACGAGAGCACCUGCAGCAGGUAUUGGCCGGGUUCCUUUGGCGGGACAAGUAUUGUCUGCCGGUGCUAGACGAGAUCUGGGCGUCUUGGGAAGGCAGCGGUGUCACAUAG